UCACCUAUCCUCCUACAGAGAGACCUCCAGGGAUCACAUGACCACAUCCAUGAGGAUGGAGGAGGACCGGAGUCACAUGACCGAGAGGAUACUAAACCUCACCCUGGAGAUCAUCUACCUGCUGACCGGAGAGAGUUUGCCUGUGAAGUCCGGUGACCAUCUGACCAUCACCGUGCCUCCACCUCACUCCCUGACCCCGAAGAGACCCAACAUGGGGAAGAUUCUAGAAGUCACCAAGAAGAUUAUUGAGCUGCUGACGGGAGAGAGUGAAAACCGUGGAGAUUAUAUUAUUGUUGUCAAAGAAGAAUAUAAAGAGGAGGAUGUGGAGUACGGGGUGAUGGAGGAGCUUUCGGAAGGACACAAGGAUAUGAUGGCACAACCUAACAACAGGAAGCCACUAGAGAGAUGUCCCCGUCCUCUGUAUUCCCGGGAUUCCACCCAGGAAGAUCUCACCAUCCCCCACCAUGAGAGAUGUCCCCAUCUGAUGAAGAUGAAAGUUGAGGGUGAAGUAGAAGAGACGUAUGUGAGGGAUGAUCAGCGAUAUACGGAGGAGGCCGGGAUGAUGAGGACGUCCAUAGAGGAGGACACUCCUACACAGACCAGCCCAGGACACGCCAUGGAGGAACCCUCAAAGGAUCGUCUGACUUUAUCUCCAGGUUGUAAGAUGGAAGAUGAGGACAUCACAGCAGAUUGUGCGGGAGAAGAGACAAUGAGCUCAGCUAUGGAUGGAGGACGUCACAGUGUGGAGAGACCAUGGAAUCCCUCUGACUCUGAGCGACCUCGUCCUGUGGGGGAUGGUGCCGGAAUUCAGGGGGAGAAGACAUUUUCUGGUCCUGAAUGUGGGGAAAGUUUUUCAACCAGAUCGCUAGUUGUCAGACAUCAGAGAUCUCACACCGGUGAAAAGCCGUAUUCCUGCUCUCAGUGCGGGAAAUCUUAUUCACAAACAUCACAACUUCUCAGACAUCAAAGGUCACACACAGGAGAGAAGCCGUAUUCCUGCCCUGAGUGCGGGAAAUGUUAUCCUGUAAAAUAUGAACUAGUGGCACACCGAAGAUCUCACACAGGGGAAAGACCAUUUUCCUGCCUUGAGUGUGGGAAAAGUUAUCCCCGAAAAUCCCAACUAUGUUUUAUAACUGAAUCCCAUCUCUACAGACAUCAGAAGACUCACACGGGCGAGAAGCCAUAUUCCUGCUCUGAGUGUGGGAAAUGUUUUUCAGAGAAGUCCCAUCUCUACAGACAUCAGAAGACUCACACGGGCGAGAAGCCGUUUUCCUGCCCUGAGUGUGGGAAAUGUUAUCCACGAAAAGCACAACUAGUCAGACAUCAAUUAUCUCACACUGGAGAGAAGCCCUAUCCCUGCCCUGAGUGCGGGAAACGUUUUUUAAAUGAGUCUAAUCUUUACACUCAUCAGAAAACUCACACGGGGGAGAAGCCGUACUCCUGCUCCGACUGCGGGAAACGUUUUUCGGAGAAGUCCAAACUUUACAUACAUCAAAGGUCUCACACCGGCGAGAAGCCGUAUUCCUGCCCUGAGUGUGGGAAACGUUUUGCACAGAAGGCCCAUCUUUAUGGACAUCAGAGGUGCCACACAGGCGAGAGGCCCUAUUCCUGCCCUGAGUGUGGGAAAAGUUUCUCACAGAGCUCCCAUGUUACCAAACAUCAGAAAACACACAAAUACACGGGGGAGAAGCUGCACCCCUGCCCUGACUGCGGGAAACGUUUUGCAACAAAGUCGCUCGUUGUCCGACAUCAAAGGACUCACACGGGGGAGAAGCCGUACUCCUGCUCCGAGUGUGGGAAAUCCUAUUCGCAGACAUCGCAGCUUCUCAGGCAUCAGAGAAUGCACACGGGGGACAAGCCGCAUUCCUGCCCCGAGUGCGGGAAAUGUUUCCCGGUAAAAUAUGAACUGAUCGCGCAUCGACGAUCCCACUUGCCCGACAAGCCGUAUUCCUGCCCCGAGUGCGGGAAAAGUUACCCGCGAAAAUUGCACCUAGUCAGACAUCAAAGAUCUCACACUGGGCUGAAGCCGCAUUUCUGCUCCGAGUGCGGGAAAUGUUUCAAAGAGAAGUCCCACCUUCAAACCCACCUGAAGACUCACACGAGCGAGAAGCCGUAUGGCUGCACCGAGUGUGGGAAAUGCUUCAAAGAGAAGUACCAUCUUAACAGCCACUGGAAAAUUCACAAGGGCGAGAAGUCGUUCGCCUGCCCCGAUUGCGGGAAAGGUUUUUUGACGCAGGCCCAUCUUAACAGGCAUCAGAAGAUGCACUCGGGGGAGAAGCCGUAUUUCUGCCCCGAGUGCGGGAAAAGCUUUACACGGAAAUCUCAUGUUUCCAGACAUCAGAGGUCCCACACAAAUGACAAGCCGUUUCCCUGCCCCGAGUGUGGAAAAUGCUUUGCAACGAGAACACUUGUUAAAAGACAUCAAAGAUCUCACACGGGGGAGAAGCCGUACACCUGCCCUGAUUGCGGAAAAUGUUUUUCACAAACAUCCAAACUGGUCAGACAUCAGAGAUCUCACACGGGGGAUAAGCCUUUUUCCUGCGCCGAGUGUGGGAAAGGUUAUCCGGUAAAAUGUGAACUGGUCUCGCAUCUGAGAACUCACACUGGGGAGCGGCCGUAUUGCUGCCCCCAAUGCGGGAAAGGUUUUAAAGAGAAAUCCCAUCUUAACACACAUCUGCGAUCUCACACGGGGGAUAAGCCCUAUUCCUGCCCCGAGUGUGGGAAGUUUUUUAAAGAGAAGUCCCAUCUCUACACUCAUAAGAAAACUCACACAGGGUUGAAGCCGCAUACCUGCUCUAAGUGCGGGAAACGGUUUUCAGAGAAGUACCAUCUUAACAGUCAUGAGAAAACUCACAUGGAUGACAAGCCGUUCUCCUGCUCUGAGUGUGGGAAAGGUUUUACGAUGCUGUCCCAUUUUAACAUACAUUUGAGAACGCACACGGGAGAGAAGCCGUUUUCCUGCCCUCAGUGCGGAAAAUGUUUUGUCAGAAAAUCACACGUGGAUAGACACCAAAGAUCUCACACAGGGGAGAAGCCCUAUCCCUGUCCUGAGUGUGGGAAAAGUUUUUCACAGAAUUGCCAUCUUACCAAACACCAGAAAGAGCACACGGGCGAGAAGCCGCACUCCUGCCCCGAGUGCGAGAAAUGUUACACACACAAAUCGCUACUAGACAGGCAUCGCAGAUCUCACACAGGGGAGAAGCCGCAUUCCUGCCCCGAGUGCGGGAAAGGUUUUUCAGACAAGACCAAGCUUUCUAGACACCAGAGACUGCACACGGGUGAGAAACCGUAUUCCUGCCCCGAGUGCGGAAAACGCUACCCGCAGAAAUCAGAACUUGUUAUACAUCAGAGAUCUCACACGGGGGAGAAGCCGUAUUCCUGCCCUGAGUGCGGAAAAGGUUUUACACAGAAAUCUCAUGUUGCCAGACAUCAGAGGUCGCACACAACCCCUGAGCUUCCGGUCUCAACGGGCGGUGGAGCUCCACCACACUUUGACCGUUCUGUGGACCGUGACCUCCAACAAGAAGGACAAUCAUGGAUUCCAAUGUCAAGCUCUUAUCCAGAUGGCAAAGGUUUUCAUCACAUGAGGAACCUCAUUCCUGCUAGAUCCACGGACUGGAACCCUUCCAUUGUCCCGCCUCCUAAGGACAGGCCUUCUCUUCGUGUCUCUGUUGAGCUGAUCGAGGUUUGGUGGAAAUGUGUAGAUAUUUCACCAUGGGGGAUGCUUUUGAGAAUCAAGGAUGAGAAGUUCCUCCUGAUGGAUAAGGCCAUGAAGAGCAGAACAAGGACUCAUCAUCCACAUAAGUGGAUCCCUGAAGAUAUUCCAUUCAUCGACUUGAGUCGGGUAAGGCUUUCGCUCACGAGGCCUUCUCCUCGUGUCUCUGUUGAGUUUCUGAUCAAGGUUUGUGAGAGUCAUGGAACCCCAGAUGAGAAGUUUCUCCUCAUGGAUGAGGUCAUGAUGAACAGAACAUGGACUCCUCAUCAAUAUAAGAAGUUCCUCCUCGUGGAUGAGGUCAUGAUGAACAGAACAUGGACUCCUCAUCAAUAUAAGAAGUUCCUCCUCGUGGAUGAGGUCAUGAUGAACAGAACAUGGACUCCUCAUCAAUAUAAGAAGUUCCUCCUCGUGGAUGAGGUCAUGAUGAACAGAACAUGGAUUCCUCAUUCACAUGAGACUCACAGGACGAUGAGUGGAAAGCUCGGAGCUUAUAAGAUUAUUAUUAAAGAAGAGGAGGAGAAGUACGGAGUGAUGAAGGAGGUUUCAGAUGGACACCAGGAUCUCCACAAGGAUGAUAUGAUGGGGCCACCAGAGAGAUGUCCCCGUCCUCUGUAUUCUGUGGACUCCACAGUGGAAGAUCUCAUCGUCCCCCACCAUGAUCAGAGUGAAGACCUCGGGGAUUAUAAUAUUGUUGUUAAAGAAGAAUAUAAAGAGGAGGACGAGGAGUACGGUAGGAUGGGGUGUAGAGGAGGACACCAGGAUCUCUACCAGGAUGAUAUGAUGGCGCCACGUCGUAAGAGGAACCCGCCAGAGAGAUGUCCCCGUCCUCUGACAGAUGCCGGCAUCCUAUCAACCAAUGGCACGUCUCCUUUCAUCUGGCAGCCGGGAAGUUCCUCAGUCUUGGCCAUAUUCAGUCAAGGAUGCUGGCCAACGUUGGACUGGCAGAUGAAUGGGGCCGAUGAUGCGUCGCUGAGAACUCACACGGGUGAGGGGCUUCAUUCAUGCUCUGAGUGUGGGAAAGGUUUCCUUUAUAAAUCUGAACUAGUCACACAUCAGAGAUCUCACACAGGUGAGAAGCCAUAUUCGUGCCCUGAGUGUGGGAAACGUUUUGGUACGAAGUCGCAACUUGUCAGACAUCUGAGAUCUCACACGGGGGAGAAGCCUUACUCCUGCUCUGAGUGCGGGAAAUCUUAUUCGCAAACAUCACAACUCGUCAGACAUCAAAGAACUCACACCGGAGAGAAGCCGUAUUCCUGUUCGGAGUGCGGGAAAAGUUUCCCAUCAAAAUAUGAGCUCGUUGCUCAUCUUAGAUGUCACACGGGGGAGAAGCCGUAUUGCUGCCUUGAGUGCGGGAAAGGUUUCUGCCAAAAAUCACAACUUGUCAGACAUCAAAGAUCUCACACAGGGCAGAAACCGUAUUCCUGUUCUGACUGCGGGAAAUGUUUUAAAGAGAAAUCUUACCUCCACACUCAUCAAAAAACUCACUUGGACGAAAAAACGCAUUCUUGCUCUGAGUGUGGGAAAGGUUUUUUGGAGAAGUGCCAGCUUUUCAGACAUCAGAAAAUUCACACAGGUGACAUGCCGCAUUCCUGCUCUGAGUGCGGAAAAGGGUUUUCGACGCCUUCCCAUCUUUCCAGACAUCAGAGAAUGCACACGGGGGAGAAGCCGUAUUCCUGCCCCGAGUGCGGGAAAUGUUUCACAAGGAAAUAUCAUGUUUCCAGACAUCGGAGAUGUCACACAGGGGAGAAACCGUACUCCUGUCCUCAAUGCGGGAAAAGCUUUGCAUCAAAAUCACUGGUAUUCAGACAUCAAAGACAUCACACUGGUGAAAAGCCAUAUCCAUGCUCUGAGUGCGGGAAAUGCUUUAAGGAGAAGUCCCAUCUUUACGCUCACCAGAGAACUCACACAGAGGAGAAGUCGUAUUCCUGCCCUGAGUGUGGGAAGUUUUUUAAAGAGAAGUCCCAUCUCUACACUCAUCAGAAAAUUCACAUAGGGGAAAAGUCGUUUUCCUGCCCUGAGUGCGGGAGAUGUUUUUUACAGAAGUGCAAUCUUACCAAACACCUUAAAGAUCAUGCGGGCGAGAAGCCGCACUCCUGCUCUGAGUGCGGGAAAAGUUACGCACAGAAAUCGCUACUAGAUAGACAUCAGAGGUUGCACACUGGGGAAAAGCCGUAUUCCUGCCCUGAGUGUGGGAAAUGUUUUUCAGAUAGGGCUAAGCUUAUGAGGCAUCAGAGAUUGCACACAGGCGAGAAGCCAUAUGUUUGCUCCGAGUGCGGGAAGUGUUAUCCACAGAAAUCAGAACUUGUUAUCCAUCAAAGAACUCACACAGGGGAGAAGCCGUAUUCCUGCAAUGAGUGUGGGAAAUGUUUCUCACAGAAGAUCCAUCUUUACAGUCAUCAGAGAAUACACACCGGGGAAAAGCCGUAUUCCUGCCCAGAGUGCGGGAAAUGUUUUACUCGGAAAUCUAAUGUUUCCAGACACCAGAUGUCCCAUCAGGGGCAGAAGCCGCAUUCCUGCUCUUACUGCGGGAAGUGUUUUGCGACAAGAUCACUUGUUGUCAGACAUCAAAGAUCUCACACAGGGGAGAAGCCGUAUCCCUGCUCCGAGUGCGGGAAGAGUUUUUCUACUCGAGCACUAGUUGUCACACAUCUAAGAUGUCACACAGGCGAGAAGCCAUAUUCCUGUUCUCUGUGUGGGAAAAGUUUUGCAACAAAAUCACUAGAAGUCAGACACCAAAGAUCUCACACUGGGGAAAAGCCGUAUUCCUGCUCUGGCUGCGGGAAAUGUUUUAAGGAGAGGUUCCAUCUCUAUGCACAUCAGAGAACUCACACAGAGGAGAAGUUGUAUUCCUGCCCUGAGUGUGAAAAAUGUUUUAAAGAGAAGUCCCAUCUCUACACUCAUCAGAAAAUUCACACAGGAGAGAAGUUCUACUCCUGCCAUGAGUGCGGGAAACGUUUUUCACAGAAGGGCAACCUUACCAAACACCUUAAAGAUCAUGUGGGCGAGAAGCCGUAUUCCUGCUCCGAGUGCGGGAAAAGUUACACACAGAAAUCGCUACUAGAUAGACAUCAGAGGUUGCACACUGGGGAGAAGCCGUAUUCCUGCCUUGAGUGUGGGAAAUGUUUUUCAGAUAAGGCCAAGCUUUCUAGACACCAGAGAUUGCACACAGGCGAGAAGCCAUAUGUUUGCUCUGAGUGCGGGAAGGGUUAUCCGCAAAAAUCAGAACUUGUUAUCCAUCAAAGAUCUCACACGGGGGAGAAGCCGUAUUCCUGCCCUGAGUGUGGGCAAUGUUUUUCACAGAAGGUCCAUCUUUACAGACAUCAGAGAACGCACACAGGGGAAAAGCCGUAUUCCUGCCCUGAGUGCGGGAAAAGUUUUAUUCAGAAAUCUAAUCUUUCCCGACACCAGAGGUCCCACUCAAUCCUCCAAGUUCAUUAG